AUGUCAUCAUCAAAACUAUCACCACCCCAAUCACAGGCCUGUCGCCUCCCAUAUAACGAUGUCAUGUCACCAGCCCUCGCCAAUGACAUCCUCAAUGGCUUCAACGUCGACUUCUCCUCUUCCUCCCAAGACCGAGACUUCCUCGCCUCGCUGCUCACCUCGGGUUUCGCCCCACCGGUUGAAGUCCGCAAACUUUGGGAACCGAGUCUCAUGCGUGGAAUGGAAGAAUGGAAAAUGAUGAUGGACUGUGCCCAUUCCUUGAGGGAUCAAGCUUAUCGGGUUCUGUGGCUGGAGCGAGAACAAGAUCAUGGUCAAAGUCGCGUGAUGGGUGAUCCUGAGCUGUGUUUGUUGCCGUUUCUGGGGAUGAUCAUGGCGGGGAGGAAGGAAGGGUGUUUGUCUGACGGGGAUACUUGUGCUGAGAGUCGCUUGGGGAAGAGGAGGAAAGGUGGGGGAGGAGAAAAGUCAUCGGCGCAAGUGGGAAGAGGUGGAGGCAAGAGGGUGAAGAAGACGACGGGUGUGAUGGGGAGAGGUGUCUCGCGUUUUUGGGCGCAAGACGACACGGCGAAAACGAGCAGACAAGGGACGAGGGGUCGGGGGGAGAUCGGUGUUUCUGACGCUGUCAGAAAAGCGAUGAACGGCCAUGAACCGAUUAGUGAGGAAGGAAAGAUGGCAUUGCCGACUCGGAUGAUGUCGGUUGUCCACCGCUCAGCUGGGCCUAGUCAGGGCGAAGGAGAAUCGAAAGCGAAGAAAUCUAGGUUGACCGAUAAAACGAAGCUCGAACACUCGAAGUUUCCACAUGAACCAAGCUACGCCGGCACCUGGAGCCCCCAACGUAGCCUUGCUUCACACUCGUCCCCUAACGAAAACCUCGAUGUCGCCCUUGGCGAUGUAUCGGUAGCAGGCACAUCGAGUUUUGACGAAUGUGUUUCAGCAGCUAACGUGAGGAUCACCGGAAAGCGCACUUACAAAUCGCGCUUUUUCAGUGAACCACCGCCCUGGCCGAUAUCAACAAGCAAAGCCUCUCCUUCCAAGAUCGAAACCUCCACAUCCAAGAGCAGAUCCCCUACCAAGAAGUCCCGAAAUCCACACCCACCCGGUAUCUCUUGCCUCCCCAUUGCUCCCCUCUCAGCCCCGAGAUUCGGAUUAAUUCAAGAAGAAGUAGCAGCCGACCCCUUCCGUCUGCUCAUAGCCGUGACAUUCCUGAUUAAAGUCCGGGGUACAAUGGCCAUCCCUCUAUUCCGCCAACUAAUGGAUCUUUUCCCUACUCCCGAGGCGCUCGCCAGUGCCGAUCCCUCUGAGAUCAUCAAUCUCAUUCGCCCACUGGGGCUAUCCGUCAACCGUUGCUCUGUCAUACAGAAAUAUGCGCGGAUGUUCAUCGAGUGUCCACCGUGUAAAGAAAAGAGGUACGGAGUGAGGAAUUAUCCGAGACCUGGGGAUGCGAGGGGUGUCAAGGUGGGAAAGGAAUUUACGGGCGAGCCGGACGACUUCCAUAUCGGAAAAGCGUCACAGGCAGAAUUUGACGAUGAUGAUGACAGGAUCAACGCCGUCAAAUUCGCCAAAGAACAUGCCAUUGGAUGCGCCUGGGAAAUCGGCCAUCUCACACAGGGUCCAUACGCUCUGGACUCGUGGCGGAUAUUUUGUCGGGAUAAGCUACUCGGUCGGGCGGACGACUGGAAGGGGAAGGGUCGUCGUCCGGAGUUUCAGCCGGAAUGGAUGCGGGUUCUGCCGCAAGAUAAGGAGUUGAGAGCGUACUUGCGGUGGAUGUGGAUGCGUGAAGGAUGGGAAUGGGAUCCUAUAACCGGGGAUAGAGAGCCCCUCCGUGAGGAGAUGCGGAAGGCAGUGGAUGAGGGACGGGUUGUCUAUGAUGGGUGUGUUGCAGUGGUCGGUAAGCAUUGGUGGACACAAAGUCCAAGCACGCCGCGAAAUAGGUUCCAUUCACUGUUGUACCUUCCUCAGAAUCACCUCUUGUCUGACGAGGGCCAGAUGAUGCGCACUUUUUCCAACACCCGGAAGGCACCUGCCUUGUCAGGGUCUGACUGA